AUGACAGUCAAGCUUGAGGCCCAGAUUGAGGCCGACAUUGUCCUCGCCGAACCCGCUUUACUUGAGAAGAUUGAUAGGUUGUUCGCCUGCAAUGUGGGUGAAUACAUCAAUCUUCCACAAUUGGUCGUUGUUGGAGAUCAGUCCAGUGGCAAGAGCUCCGUGCUGGAAGGCCUGACAAAGCUGAAAUUCCCUCGAAACAGUGGCCUUUGCACACGAUUUGCGACCCAGAUCAUAUUCCGGAGAGAUCCGAGCUUGAGGGGGAGGAAAAUUUCUGGCUCGAUCAUUUCAACAACGCACAAAAUCGAAAAGGGAAACGCCAGUUGGAGUAUGUCGGAUGCUGAGAGUCUCAACGAGGCGGACUUUGAAAGUUUGAUAAGCGAAGUUCAUAAAGCUAUGGGCCUCUCAACGUCGGCGGGAGACAACUUGCCCACGUUUUCCUCCGACGUAUUUCGGCUAGAGAUUAUUGGACCCCAUGAAAAUCACCUUAGCGUCAUUGAUGUUCCUGGAAUUUUCAAGACCACGACACCCGGCUUGACUUUCAAGUCAGAUAUUGCUCUUCCAACGUGGAUAUUGCAACACAGGAGAUCAGAAAUUGCCAGAGAAUUGGAUCCCGAUGGAAUAAGGACACUCAGAAUCCUUACCAAGCCCGAUCUCGUGGACGAAGGAGCAGAAGAGAAAAUCAUCGAGCUAGUCGAAGGGAGCCAAGAUUCGGAAGAAUUAGGCUGGGUGGUGGUUAAAAAUCUCGGCCAGAAGGACCUCCAGGAUCCCUCCAAAGAUCGUGACAUUGCGGAAGACAUUUUCCGACAUUCGCCUCCCUGGAAUCGUCUGUCUAAGGACAACUAUGGUAUUGAGGCUCUUCGAGCACGAUUGCAAACACUUCUAGCUUCUAAUGUGCGGCGAGAAUUUCCGUCGGUGCGAUCUGAAGUCUUGAAACGCCUGAAAGAAUGCAAGAGAGCUCUGGAGGGCUUAGGCGAAGAGCGUGAGUCCACAGAACAACAAAGAAAAUAUCUGCUCGAGAUUGUAUCGAAGUUCCAGCGUAUCACCGAGAAUGCUCUGCAAACAAAUUAUGGAUCACAAGAUGCAUUUGAUGACGAGCCUGAACUACGCUUGGCAACCUUGGUUGCCAACCGGAAUGCACUGUUCUCCGAUGAGAUUUCUACCCAUGGCCACACGUACGCCUUUGUGUCUCAUACUCAUGACGACGAUUCAGAGGAUCAACGUAAUCGUUCAGUGGCUUCCCCAGCGAACUCUGUCUGCUCGGAUGCUGACAAGUUUGAAAGCGAGGAAGAGUGCAAAUCUAUCCCCAGCAGGAAGAUCAACAGUUGCAGCGAUAUUGAGGACAUCUUGCAUGACUGCGUUCCUAUCCAAGACUCACAGACCCAAGGUACCCUCGCUUGGAUUGAGAAAAUCUAUCGGGAGUCUCGUGGAUUCGAAAUUGGUACUUUUAAUUCGACCAUACUCUCGAGCGUACUGAAAAGACAGUCUGCAAAGUGGCCGUCUUUCGCUGAGGGCUACAUCUGUGAUGUUAUAUGUGUGGUUCACACGUUCAUCAAAAAGGCAUUGACCAUAAUCUGCAACGAUCAGAGAUUAGGUCAGAACAUCCUUUCAUUCCUGUUGGACGGUCUUAGCGACAAAUAUCGACAGGCUCUUUCGACAACGAACUUCCUGCUCCGCAUCGAAAGAGACGGCACGCCAAUGACGCAGAAUCAUUAUUUGAAUAGUAAUCUGCAAAAAUGUCGGCAGGAACGCAUCACUUCCGCAGCGAAGAAGUCAUCGGUCUCCGUGACUUACCAAAAUGGUUCAAGUGGAGAAUGUGUUCCACUUUCUGACCUAACCCAGAUCCAUCAUAUGAAUAAUAUGGAGCAGACUGUGCAAGACAUUCACGACAUAUUAAAAUCGUACUACAAAGUUGCUCGGAAAAGGUUCAUUGACAACAUGUGCAUGCAAGCGGUGGACUUUUAUCUGGUCACGGGACCAGAAGCUCCAAUGGGAUUGUUCUCUCCCGCUUGGGUCUACGAUUUAUCACCUGAGCAACUGGAUGACAUUGUUGGAGAAGAAGCUUCUGUGCGAAGGAAGCGCAAGCAGUUGAAAAAGCAGCUCAAGGACCUUGAGUCUGGCAGAAAAAUCUUGGUUUAG